AUGGAGGGGUCAUUUUAUGUUGAACUUAUGGCCCUGAGGAUCAUCAUAUCUGUCAUUGGUGUUUCGGGAAACACGAUAUUGAUCAUAUCUAUCUUUCAAAUGACACGUCUGAAGACAUUUGAAGUCAUUCUUCUGGGACUGGCUGCAGUGAAUCUGGAGACGAUCGUGAUCGUGAACAUCUAUGACAUCAUGCUCUUGCGUUCCUCGUACAGGAUUGGUAUUUGGACAUGUAGGAGCCUGAAAUUUCUCACUAUCUUUGGGGAAAUUGGUAGCAUCCUUUUCACGGUGGUCAUCAGCAUUUACCGCUAUCAGAAAUUGCGUGACGUCCACACGCGUGUCAACUUGCCUGUCUUUAUGGACAACAUGCGGUCUGCCAUUGGCAUCAGUGCGUUCUGUGCAAUAUUGGCUCUAAUUUUUGGUGUGCCCACGUUUGUCAUAGACCUGAACGAGGGCAACAGUAAUUCUUCCCAACCGGGCUGUCUUGCAGAUUUCUUCCAGUGUACACUAACGAGGUGUCCGAUUCGUAACCGCACUUACAAGUACUCGUUCAUUCUGGUGUGUAUCCUGUUGCCUCUUCUUAUAGUCACGCUAACAAGCACCAUGAUCAUCAGGAUUUUAAUUGUUCAGCAGAAAGUGGUGAGGGCCCGGCAAGGUCCGAGUGUAGAGACUUCGACAUCACAACAGCAGCGGCCAAAGAAAUCCAGGCUCCAGCGCAGCACUAUUGCGAUCCUCGCAGCGAUGGCGCUCUUCCAGGUGGACUGGACCAUUUAUUUAAUCCUGCACCUGGCGUGUAACCCAUACAGUUUACCGUCAUGGUCUGAAGUGGAGUUCUUCAUAACCACGUUUUACACAGCGAUCAGCCCGUAUGUUUAUGGAAUAGGAAAUAACCUUUUCAACAUAAAGCGCAUCAUUAGCUGA